UCUCUCUCUCUGUGUAUAGUUCGUAUCUCGGGCAGGGAGUGGCACAGUUUCCAUAUGCCAACAGGAUGCUCGAGGCCAUCUUUUUGGAGCUGUGCCGCAUACACCCUGAGAGCUGUACCAUCCCUGGGGUCCCAGUGAACCGCUGGGGGGCUGUUGAGAGGGACUAUUCUGUCAUCAGAGACAACUUGUACAACAGGCGGGACCUCUUGGCAGCUUCCCCUAUGCAACUCCCAGAGGUCAACAACCGGACCCUUCUGCAGUGGCACAACGAGCGGAGCAAGGCGAUGAGGACAGCCAUGGUGCGUGCAGCGGUGCCGGGGCCGAGUACUCAGCAGACAGGAGCAGAGCUGCGUUCUCCAGCCAGGUCUCUGCUGCAGGAACCUUUGCGUCCUCUCACACUCUCUCCCCCGGAGGACGCCUCUGGUCAGGUUGUCACACACAAUGUAGCCCUGGCACCUGAGCUGUACAAAAUCAUCACAACCACUGCAGCCUCCUCCUCCACACCGACCACCCCUCGUGCCUCCCCCUCUGCUGCCCCCCCUGCCACCUCCACCUCUGCCGCCCCUCCCGCCACCUCCACCUCUGCCCCUGCUGUGCCCCGAACCACCGCCUGGCGGUGGAAGGUUCGUGAGGAAGAGCAGCGUCGGGCCAAGGAGUUGGGCCUUCCUGUCAAGACCAGGAAGAGGUGUGAACAUUUCAUCUGCAAGCACUGUGGCCAGCCGAAAACCAAAGAAUAUGGUCACAGUCGCUACAGAGCAGAGCACUUCUGCUCCCGUGCCGAGGGAUCCUCGGUAGAUGACUGGCUGGCAGGGAAAAGGGCCCAUGAGGCCAAACAGAGGGAGAGACAACAGGCUGAAGCUGCCCAGGCUUCACAGACCCCCUCCAGGCAGACCCAGGGCCAGCAGGAGGAGGAGCAGAGAGAUGAGGAGGACAACGACUGAUCUCUUUGUGUGUAUUUGGUUCUGGUGAUUUUUAAUAAA